CAUUAUAAAUUUUUUUUUGGAAAAUUCGCAAAAUUCGUGUAAAAGCGAUUAAAUUUGACCUGUACGGUACGAUAAUAGACGGCGGAGAUGACAUCGAUCAUCAAGUUGCAUGCCAUUUCCGGCGCAAUGGACGAAUCGCCCCCGUGCUACAUUUUGCAAGUGGACGAGGUUCGCUUCCUGCUGGAUUGCGGGUGGGACGAGAAGUUUGAUCCAAACUUUAUCAAGGAAUUGAAAAAAUAUGUCCACACGAUCGACGCCGUACUGCUCUCAUAUCCGGAUGGUCUUCAUCUGGGUGCUCUGCCCUACCUGGUCGGCAAGCUGGGUUUGAAUUGCCCGAUCUAUGCCACCAUCCCGGUCUACAAGAUGGGCCAAAUGUUCAUGUACGAUCUGUUCAUGUCGCACUACAAUAUGUACGACUUCGAUCUGUUCACGCUGGACGACGUCGAUGCCGCAUUCGACCGAAUCAUUCAACUAAAAUACAACCAGAGCGUGUCGUUGAAGGGAAAGGGAUACGGUAUAACAAUCACACCCCUUCCGGCUGGACACUUGAUUGGUGGUACCAUUUGGAAGGUGAUGAAAGUCGGCGAGGAGGAUAUUGUGUAUGCUACCGAUUUCAACCAUAAAAAGGAGCGACAUCUGAAUGGCUGCGAGUUGGAGAAGUUGCAAAGGCCAUCACUGCUGAUUACGGAUGCAUACAAUGCAAAAUACCAACAAGCGCGCCGUCGGGCUCGAGACGAGAAGUUUAUGACUAAUAUUCUACAAACACUGAGGAAUAACGGAAACGUCCUUGUUACGGUUGAUACGGCUGGACGAGUGCUUGAGUUGGCACACAUGCUGGAUCAACUGUGGAAGAACAAGGAAUCAGGUUUGAUGGCGUACUCAUUGGCAUUGCUGAACAACGUUAGUUACAACGUGGUGGAAUUCGCCAAGAGCCAAAUCGAAUGGAUGAGCGAUAAGCUGAUGAAAAGUUUCGAAGGUGCACGGAACAAUCCGUUCCAGUUCAAGCACCUGCGAUUGUGCCACACCAUGGCGGAUUUGGCCAAGGUUCCGAGUCCCAAGGUAGUUUUGGCGAGCUCUGCCGAUAUGGAGAGUGGAUUCUCCAGAGAACUGUUCGUUCAAUGGGCAGGCAAUGUGAACAAUAGUAUUAUCAUCACGUGCAGAUCGUCUCCUGGAACGUUAGCUAGAGAUCUGAUUGAAAACGGAGGUAACGGGCGAAAAAUUGAAUUGGACGUGAGACGACGUGUGGAGUUAGAAGGAGCUGAACUUGAAGAAUACAUGCGCACAGAAGGGGAGAAGCAUAAUCGUUCGAUUAUCAAGAGUGACAUGGAUUUGGACAGCAGUUCAGAUUCGGAAGAUGAACUGGAGAUGUGUAUCAUCACCGGAAAGCACGAUAUAGUCGUACGUCCUGAGGGUCGUUCCCACACGGGUUUUUUCAAAUCCAGCAAAAAGCAGUACGCAAUGUUUCCAUUCCACGAGGAGAAGAUCAAGUUCGACGAAUAUGGAGAGAUUAUUCAACCCGAAGACUACCGAAUGGUUGAUAUGGGUCCGGAUGGUGGUUUUGAAGAUAACAAAGAAAAUCAAAUAAAGCCCGAGGACAUCAAGAAGGAGAAGGAUGACGAACUUUCGGUAUUGGAUAAACCGACCAAGUGCAUCAGCAGCCGUAAGUUGGUUGAGGUAAAUGCACAGGUACAGUUCAUCGAUUUUGAAGGAAGGUCAGAUGGCGAAUCCAUGCUGAAGAUUCUGUCGCAACUUCGUCCACGCAGAGUGGUCGUCAUUCGUGGAUCACCUCAGAAUACUGCCCAGAUUGCCGAGCAUUGUCAGCUGAACAUCGGAGCCCGGGUUUUUACACCCAACAGGGGGGAAAUCAUCGAUGCCACCACUGAGACUCAUAUCUAUCAAGUUCGUCUUACUGAGGCCCUGAUUUCGCAAAUGGAAUUCCAGAAGGGCAAGGAUGCCGAAGUGGCUUGGGUAGAUGCGCAGAUUGUUAUUCGUAACAAGCAGUUCAGCACGCAGGGGGGCGAGGGAGACGUCAGUGGUCCGUUGAGUGGCACCACAAAUAAUGCCACUACUAACAAUGCGAUUGCUGCGGCAGCAGCUGCUGCCUCCGAUACUCCGAUGGACGUUGAUCAGAUGGCGGAGGGCGGCGAUGACAAGAGCGAUCGGCAGAUUUUGACGCUUGAACCAAUGAAGAACGAUGAGCUGCCGGCUCAUAAUUCGGUGUUUAUCAACGAGCUGAAGCUGAUCGAUUUCAAGCAGGUGCUGAUGAAGGCCAGCAUCGUUUCAGAAUUUUCGGGUGGUGUGCUAUGGUGCAGCAACGGGACGGUAGCUUUGCGACGAGUCGACACCGGUAAGGUUACCGUGGAGGGAUGCUUGUCGGAGGAUUAUUACAAGAUUCGGGAAUUGUUAUACGAACAGUAUGCUAUUGUGUAAGAUCCGAGCGCAGUUGAAUAAAGGUAGCUGAUGGAUCAUGA